UUUUAAAAGUUUGUUUAUUGUGUUUUAUCAAUUUUGGAUUACAUGUGAACCUCUGAAAGUUUGGAUAUUACAUCUCUGUGCUUUAUGGUACUUGCCAGACGACCGUGAAAAGUUUUUAAAAGAACCUUUUGCGACCUGCAGCGCGGUUAUUUGAAAGCUGUCUCGGCGUAAGAGAGUCACAGCUUUUCUAGACGAGAGAAGUCUGAAAAUGACAACAGUGUGAAAUUCUUGACUGGAUUUUAUAUAAUCAUGGGGAAAGAUCAAGACUUGAUACAAUUUGUGAAGGAGCAGGAUAUUAGUGCUCUGAAUAAACUUCUUCAAAAAGUUGGAAAAAAUCCCAAAACAAAAAUUAUUGGUAACAAUAAAAAGUUUAACAUCAACUUUCAAGAUGGGGAUGGAAUGUCUGCCCUUCAUCAAGCAUCUCUCAUGGGUAACACAGCCGUUAUAUCCAUGUUAUUGGAACAUGGGGGAGCAUCAGACAUACGAGAUAAUAAAGGAAUGAUUCCCCUACACUAUGCAACAUGGCAAGGUAAAGUGGAACCUGUGAAUCUGUUAUUACAGAAAGCUUCUCCGGUUAAUGAACAAUCCAAUAGUUUAGAUUCACCUUUACACCUGGCUAGUCAACAUGGAAACUUUGAUGUGGUAAAUUUAUUAUUAUUACAUCAUGCUGAUCCAACAAUCUUAAACAAAGAAAAGAAAACAGCACUUGAUUUGGCGUGCGAAUUUGGCAGAAUGAGGGUUGUAGAUCUUUUAUUGCGUAGUAAUUUAUGUGAGAAGAUUAUUACGGACACGACCAAUGAUAUGAAAGAUAACUCUUCUACGACUUGUCUACAUUUAGCCGCUAGAAAUGGACAUGCUGAUGUGAUAAGAUUAUUGUUACAAGCAGGAAUGGAUUUGAACAGGUCAACACCUAAAGGUACCUGUCUACAUGAAGCAGCUCUUUCUGGUAAAACUGAAGUCGUCAAACUUCUACUGGAUUGUGGUAUCGAUGUCAACCGUCCCAACUCCUAUGACCAAACGGCCUUAGAUAUUGUUAAUAAAUUUACAACAACAAAAGGUGCCAAAGAACUGAAACAUUUACUCAAAGAAGUGAGUUUUGCUGUGCAAGCCAGAGCAGUGAAGGAUUACUAUAGUGUGUAUGAUCCCCACAGUCUCGCCUUUAAAGAAGGGGACAUAAUCACAGUUUUGGAACAGAGGUCUGAUGGGAUAUGGAAGGGUUAUGUAGUACAAGAAGGACGAUUGGCUAAAACAGGUUAUUUUCCAGCCAAUCAUGUGGUACUUGUUGACAGUCAAGCUUUAGCAAAACAGAAUGCAAUGCAGCAACAAUCAAAACGAAUCAAUAUGCCUCAAGUUCCGGAUUUAUUAAAUCGGAGUAUGAUAUUUAACAACAGUCACGAUCGUGGAUCUUACGGCAGUUCCAGUACAGAUGAUAGUUUACCCCCACCCCCAUCACCCGGAGGAGGAGGAUAUCCUAAUAGUCCUUCGAGAGAUGUGAGUUAUACAGGAUCAAGUUCACCAUAUUCUUUACAUCCCCAGUUGAUUGGAGGACGAGUUGUUGCGAAUCACACUGAUCAUGGCGAAUGGUCAAAUUACAGUAUGGCCGGUGACAUGAGGGGGUCAAGUCCAGCUAAAGAAAGUCCUGCUAAUUCGAACAGGAACAGUGCUGCUAGUAGUGAUAGUGGUCGUGGUUUUAGUACCGGACAUGUUGAACAUAAGAUACCUAAUAUUGUAAAUGUACAAGUAAACAACCAGCACAGAUUAUCUGGACAGAGUUAUGAAUCCGGUGUUUCAUCCAGACAAAGUUACCAUAGUACCUCAAGUUCAAGUCUAGGUAGUCUAGAUCGUCUAGAGGAGAGUGGAUCAACCAGCAAUAUAAACGUGCUAGAACUUUUCCAGGCUGGAGUUCCCGAUCAUGAGGUCCUCCAUGCCUGGUUGCAUGAUUUACGAUAUGAAGAAUAUUACAGUAACUUUCAACAAGCUGGUUACGAUAUGCCCACCAUAUCUAGAAUGACACCAGAGGAUUUGACAGCUAUAGGUAUAACAAAGCCAGCUCAUCGUAAACGUUUGAAAGCAGAAAUAGCCCGUCUCAAUAUUCCUGAUGGUAUACCAGAUUUUAAACCAAAUGAUUUAAUGGAAUGGUUACAUCUGUUGGGUUUAGGACAGUAUUAUGAUACGUUAGUAAGACAAGAAUAUGAUGAUAUAGAAUAUGUUACUGGUAUUACCUGGGAAGAUCUUGAGGAAAUCGGAAUACAGAGACUAGGUCAUCAAAAGAAGAUUAUUUUGGCCAUUGAACGAUUAAAAAGGAUAUCGAGUGGCAGUAAAAGAUUAUCAUCAGUUGAACACAAUCGUCAUGGAUCAACAACAGAACUUCUGGAACCACCUCCUCCACCUGGUGCUGGUGGAAGAUGGUCAACUGACAUGGCUGUAAGUCAUGAACUUCUUGGAGCUAUUCCCAAAAAAUCAUCUUCAGGUGAAAGUAUCAGUACGAUUGGAAGUGGUGGUAGCGGAGAGACCAGAUUACCUCCCACUAAAGAAAUCAUUGAAAUAGGCAAUAACUCUAAUGGCUAUCAACCUGAUGUGAUCGCGAUCCAGGUCAAUCGUAACCAAUCGAAGACCAGUACUUCGUCAGUAGAUGGAGCCGGGGAAGGGCUUGACAUGGGAGGUCAGCCAAUCAGCUACCGUUCUUUUCAAGGAACGAUGCCACGUAAGACUUCUGAGAGUGGAGACGUUUUCAUUGAACCAGAUCAUCAAUCACCUGUAGCCAUAGCACCCAUGGCGCCAAAAGUAGCGGCAAAACCAAAACCUGUGGCAAAAAUCAUCGCCAAAACUAAACGUUCAAGCCAUGAAAUGUCUCCAGAUUUUGCGGAACUCGAAAAACAUGAGUCUGAAUGUAAUUCAGAUGGAAAGAAACUAGCCAAUCAGUUCCCCGGUUCAAAUUCUCAAUACGCAGGAGGAACAUUAAAGCGAAGUAGUAAAAAUAACGCGUAUCAGAAGGAACAUAUUUACGACACUCCUCACGUGUCCCCACCAAAAGCCCCUAAACCCCUUGUUUUACCAAAAACAAACAUGGAAGGACCAUCCAGUCCUUUAUUCAUAGCAACCAAUCAAGAAAUGACAUCGCAAACACCAUCUCCUACUGGGCGUUCAAAAAAGAACCCACCCCCUCCACCAAAGCGCACCAACUCGAUCAGAGAUGGACCAAUGAAUGGUGCUGACACAUCAAACAAAUCAAGCCCUGUUCAUCAAAAAACUGACCAAUUACAGCAAGUGACACAACCAGCACCUCCGCCGAAGCCACAGCUGACACAAUCUCCCGUAAAGCAAAAACCCCAAGCACUUUCCCCCAAGCCACACUUGCCACAAUCACCAAUCAAACAUCAGAUAACACCAUCUAAAUUAACGCAUACUUCUGUCAUUCAACAACAAACUCCGCCUCCAAAACCGCAGCUGCCGCAAUCACCAGUCUACCAACAGCAGUCACCUGUCUAUCAACAGGCUCCACCUCCAAAACCCCAACAUUCUGCUAUCAAGAAUCAACAAACAGCUCCAGAAGCACAGCCACAGAAUUUUGCCGAUUGUGUGAAAAGUUUAUCAGAAAGAUUUGGCAAGAAACGAGACGAGGAAGUUGCUCAAGACACGUUGUCGUCAGACGGGGAGGAUUUCCCUCCUCCACCUCCACCAAUCGCUAUGGAUAUCAUCACUCCUAAAAUCAGAAACUACGGAAUCCCAAGUAAAACGGAAAAAUCGGUUCCACCAGAAUUCGUUGUUCAGAAUAAAAUUAAAAAGGACAUGAGCCAGUCGCUUCAUGAAAAACUCAGUGAUCGUUCUUUCGUUGGUGGACAAAUACGGCGGCAUGUUUCUCCUGGUCGUGACCUUGUUAAAUCUCAAGGUCGUGAUAAAAUGACGGACGUUGAAAUAAUAAAAGCGAACUUUUGUGAAAAACGAAGCGAUUCUACCUCAAGUUUUGAGUCAACUUCUUCAGUAUCGAGUGGCGAUUCUAAUACUCUUCCGUUCGCCAACGAAAAUGUUGGUACGAUAAAACAGAGAAUAGGAAAUGUGGCUAAACCUUCUAUUGUUACGUCGAUGGAUGGCAUGGAUGGAGAGAGAAAUAUAGAUCUCAAUUCAGGAUUAUUCGAUGAAUCGUGUAGUGCUCAGUUUAUCCCACAUAAUAAUUUGAUGAGUAGAUCGGCGCCUGUCGUACCACCUAAAGGAGUAGUAAGGCCGUCUGUACCUUCCCACAAACCAAGUUUACCUAAUAACAUAAAUCAACAACAACAACAACAAUUACAACCACCAUUGUCUCCGAAAACUUCACGAAAUACAGAAACUGGCGAUGUAUUAUCCGAUAUAGACAAUAUGUUACAAGAUUUAACGGAAGAGCUAGAUGCCAUGUUGGUUGAAUGAAAGGGAAACAACUCUUUGUUAUAUUACCAGACGUCAUUUUGUGAUUGUUUUUCUUUUCAUUAUAUUGGGGGCAGCAAGCUUUUUGAUUGGUGCGUUUGAAUAUUGAAACUUCUGGAUCAUUCAAUGAAUCUCAUUUUUACGUUUGUCUUUCAUUUCAAGUGGAUUUAGUUUUUGUUUAAAGAAGUUCAAAAAUAUCUGCCUUUAGUGUUAAAGAAACAAAUUGACGGAGAACGUGCGAUGGAGCUUUCGAUUAUAACGUCGUCGAGAGUGUAUACCAGUGUGCCAAAAUACAAGACUGGAUCACAGCUUGCUGGAUGAUCUUGCCUACAUAGAAACUGUGUAAGUGAGUAAUUAAGAUCAUACUUGCUGGAUGAUCUUGUCUACACUAGCAACAGUGCCAGUGAGAAAUAUACAUGGUCAUGAGAGGAUAUGACCAUAUUUGGAACUGCUGUAUUUUAGUUUUGUGAUAUCUCCUUAUUUGGAUUAUGAAAACCAUAUAUGGAAGAAUGACAGUUGAAUUCAUUUUUCGUGCAUGGAUUAUUUAGAUGACAAUAUGUUAUAUAUUUAGCUUUAAAUAAUAGUUUUUUUUUAAUUUAUAAAAAUAAUCAAAUAAGAUUUGCUAAUUUAGAGAACAAUGGCUGUCAGUUAAUGGAAUGUAUUUUGUAAUAUAUUUAAUAAUUAAUAAUUAGUGUAUGAUAUUACUAGAGCCGUAUCAAGACAUUUAAACAGAAUUUGUUGAAAUAUUUGGAUUAUUUCAAUUUUCUGUGAACUUCCAGAACUGAUUUACGUUUAAUAUGAUUCAAGGGAGAGGUGCCAGUCAGGUUACCAGGACAGAUACUCGUGUUCCUAUUAAUUUUUUUGCGACUCAUAUGUUUGUGCUGCUACUUACAAUCAUAAUCUGUUUCGCACAAAAUUUAGCUAAAGGAAAGCAAUUGGUGAAGAAAUUGAGAAAGGAAAACAUAGUCGGUCAAAUCUGAGGAGUUCUCCGAUUGUCAAGGUGGGGUACAUGAUUCAUGAACAGAAAUCUUCAAUGGUUGCGAGAGAGAAUCCUCCCACCUGUACCACCCCUAAUAUUUGUACCACUUUGUUGAAUGUCUACUCAAGCUGUCUAUGGCCCCCUAAGCACGCCCCUGGUGUAACCAUGGCUCCCUGACCACGCCCCUGAUGUAACCAGAUGUAACCAUGGUGAGGGAAUUCGUCCGAAACUAGUACACACACCUCUUAAAAACUAUUUGGGAAAAUUCUAAAAACAUUUUCAGGGAUUCAAACCUUGGCUAUUCUUGUUUGGGUGUACGGUGCCCAAAUGUUAAAUCAAAAUUGUUUAAAUUUGUUACAAUUAAGGCUUUUUAAAGCCACCAUAUGCAUUGUAAAUUCAUGUCUAAAAACUAGAAAACAUUUUUUAAAGAAUUUUAUUCCUGUUUUGAAAUAAUUGUUGUUUCUAUACUGUUAUUGUUACUGAAAAUGGCAGAAAGAAAUCUUUUGAUUGGACAAGCUCAUUUUUAUCAUCCAAUCACAUUCAUUGUUUUAACUGUGUAUGACAUGUGAUUGACCUGUUGUCAUGGAGAUUUAUUUAUUAAUAUCAAUAUUAUACGAUUUUUUGAUUUAUUCUAAGUGCUUAUAAUUUUAUCAUUUUGAUUAUGAGCGAUUUGAUGAAUUUGUAUUAAAUGUUGAUUUUUUUAAAUUCAUAACAAAUUUUAUGAAUGAAAUAAUUUUAUAAUGAAAUGUCAAUCAAAUAUUCGAAUCCAUCAAGUGUUGGAUAAGUGCACGAAGAAGUACUGGAUGAUUUCUGUCUCUUGUGGGCGGGACAUGUAAAUAAGUGUAUCCCUUCGUCUUUUCGGACAUCUUAAAUCUAAUAGAAACAUUAAUAACAUCUAUAUUUAACAAGGGUUGAGAAUAGGCCUAGAAGGCCCUUCGUUAAAGAUAUAUACAAAGUAAAUAAAUAUAGGGUCAAACAUCUAAAUAGUGGACGAGAGGGGGGUUGACGUCUGCUUUUGUCAAUGGUUAUGUGACGGUGGUUUGACGAAAUGAAAUGACGAGAUCCUUUUUUAGGUCAGUCAGAUGUCAGGUCGAGUCCCUUUAACUCGAUAUUAGAUCAUAUGAUAGACCAGAGUUAAUUAUACAGUUAAUGAAUGGAAGACGAGUAAAUCAUAGUUAUGUCCCUUGUUUGAGCCUUCUGUUGUAUUCAGAAGGUUUGUUUCGUUAAGUUGGGAUAUAAUUAAAUGACUCCUGAAAUGAUCACGUUGGUGUAUCAUCGUAAAUAACAAGAGUUAUGCCCCUUUAUUUUUGGUAAAACUGUCUGACAGGAAAAAUUUUGAAAUAACAUCACUGCUAGAAACUCUGUACCUAAAGGUCGACAUUUUUUCUUGUCUGUUCAUGUCAAUGAUUCGCUUGUGUGUAAAUACAGGUCUUUGGCAUAGGAUACUAUAGGAUCCAGAGAAAACCCAUUAGUUUAGACAGACGGCUCUCUACUCCCUGCCAUGAACAAACUUGGGACCGAAACCACAAACCCUUGACCCAGUGACAGACCUAAUGAUCCAAAGUGCACAUAUCCAAGACACGAAUAAUAACAAUCAAUAAACAUACAUAAAGACGAAGCUUACUUUAAUCUGAUUGGUGCAUAAAAGUAAGGCUGCUCGGGCAAAAUUCCCCCAUAGCACAACUUCAUUAUCCCAGUCGGAGCAGAACAGUAGGACGUUAAACCCCAUUUCAUUUCAUUUCAUAAAAGUAAGACAUUUCAUUUUGGAUUUUAACCUCUGGGGGCAAUUCACAAAAUAAUUAAACUUAAGAUAUUUCAUUGCUUGUGAGCGAGUUAAAAUUAUUUAUAUUAUUAAUAAGUUUAAAUAAGAUUAUUUAAGAUGAAUAAUACUGCAUGUAUCUACAUUACACUGAGCUUGUUAAUCAAACGAAUUUGAUAUAAGUGCCUACUGAUUGUUAAUCUGGCUCCGUAUUUAUUAAACUUCUUAAGGUCUUAAAAAUUACAAUCUGUUUCUUAACUGAUAAACCAUUAUUAACCUCUUUACUAAUUGUCAGUGGAGGGGGUUUGGAUGGCCCCGAAUGGUUAGCAUGUUUGCGUUGUAUCAUAAUAACGUCUGUCAUUGAGUCAACUGGCGUGGUUUCGAUUCCCCAGUUGUACGUGACAAGGUGUAGGGUAGCCUGUCCAAACUCGUGGGUUUUCUCUGGGUCCUCCAGUUUCCUCCCACUGCUCAAGACCCAACGCGCAAGUGAAUUAUUGAAAUAAAAUUGAACCAUAUGUUUUCCCAAAAUCACCUAGUUUGUGUGGAGUGAACAUUUAAACCCAAUCUCUCUCUCUCUCUCUCACUCUCUCUCUCUUUAUAAACCUAUGACUAUUUUUAAUAUCGUUAAAGAAGUUUUAUAAAUACUACCCAAGAGGACGAAUAAAUAUAUCAGUCAGUUUAAUAUAAUAUUAAUUACAUAAUUAGAUUAAAAACAAUAUUUACAUAAUUAUAUGUUAAUAUAUAUGUAUGAGAAAUAUGGUUAGUAAAGAUGGAAAUAUUACAGGUAGCAAACUGAUUAUUGUGGAAUAACCGGUAUCAAGGCUAAAGUUGUCUGUUCAGUCCAGAUAUAAUUAUUGUCAAUAAGGCUAAAGUUGUCUGUUCAGUUGAGAUAUAAUUAUUGUCAAUAACGAUCAGUAAUAGAAACUCUGUGCUGGAUGGUGGCUUUACGUCAUCCUUUAAUACUCUCAAUAAAUGCAGAAGACGAGUAGGUGGGUGUACAAUCUAUUACCAUAUAUACCCACCUACAACUGGGCGAGUGUAAAAUCUAUUAUAUAUCUGCCUAUAACCGGGCUACAGUUGGGCGGGUGUAAAAUCUAUUACCAUAUAUACCUGCCUACAGCUGGGCGAGUGUAAAAUUUAUUACCAUAUAUACCCUCCUACAGCUGGGGGAGUAUAAAAUCUAUUACCAUAUAUACCUGCCUACAGCUGGGCGAGUGUAAAAUCUAUUACCCUAUAUACCUGCCUACAGCUGGGCGAGUGUAAAAUCUAUUUAUCUAAGAUCCCUGUGUAUGUAAAUAGGGAGACCAAUAUUUGUUUAUGUAAUGAAGAUAUAAACAACUAUGUAACGAUGUUAAAAUGUAGUUUGUCUCAAAAGUGCAAACAAUGAAUUGCUAGUAAUUUGUAAAUAAAUAUUUAUACAAAUCAA